AUGGCUGCCGAGAACGAGAACGUCGCUGCUGGCCUCGCCGAGGAGAUCAAGGGCAAGGGCAAGGCUGUCGCCGCCGAGGAGCCCGUCGAGAAGAGCGACGCCAUGGACGAGGACGAGGACUCCAGUGAUGAGGAGGAGGCCCCCGAGGCCGCUGAGGCUGUCGAGGAGGAGGACGGCAUGGAGGAGAUUGACCUGAACAACAUUGUCGAGGGUGGACGCCGCACCCGUGGCCGUGUCAUCGAUUUCGCCAAGGCUGCCGAGGAGAACCCCGCCGAGGAGGAUGAUGACGAGGACGACGAUGACUUCGCGGCCGAUGAGUCCAAGAUGGAUGAGGACUAA